AUGCGGCAUACCGCCGCGCGCGCGGCGCGUUCACUCGCGUCCACGUCCGCGCGCGACGUCUUCAUCUUCACGAGCAUCCACGAAGCGACGCGACGAACGCCGUUUGGCUCGCUCAGGGUUCUUCACAGUCUCGCUCGAGUGCCCCCUGUUGACGCUUGCAUCGAUUACGAGCGCGCGCGCUGGGCGCUACAUCGCGAUGGUGUUCCGUUUGCGUCGCGCGCGCUGGUUUCGAGCGCGCGAGUGGUCUUUGUGCGCACGGAGGAAGACGCGGACGCGGCGAGCUCGGGACGCGGCGACCGGGACGCGGGUCAAGACAGAGACGAGAAAGCGUCGGAGAGUAAGCGUGAGUUGAUCAAGGGUGAGCAAAAUUUCAACGCGCCGAACGCGCUGUGCUCGAUGCGGAUCGUCGCGGGUCCGGUGCUCGGGGUAGCGAUAGCUUUGAACGCGGCGUCGCCCGAAGUGGUGCUCGGGGGCGUUGCGGCGGCGGCAGUUACAGAUUAUUUGGAUGGUUUUCUCGCGCGGAGGUGGAAGCAGCAGACGAUUUUAGGGAGUUAUCUCGAUCCCGUGGCGGAUAAAGUGUUCGUAGGUUCGGUCGGUUUAGCCCUCGCGCUGGAGGGUCGGUUACCAGUGUGGCUCGUGAGUUUGCUCAUAUUUCGAGACGUGGUGCACGUCAUCGGCGGCGCGUGGCGACGCGCCGGCGCCCUGGGAUGGCGAUGGAACACCUUGGGUGAAUUUCUAGGGUUCGAUGAUAAACCGGUAAAUCGUCCACCGCCCACGGGCGCGGCCGCGCUCGCCGGUUUCAAUUUCGAUGUAGACGAAGUCGAGGGUCUCGGCUCAAAGAGAGGUGCUCUCCGUCCACUCUUCAUCGGCAAGGUGAACACAGCGAUGCAAAUGGCCUUACUCGCCUUCGCGUGCGCCGAGCCCGUGUACGCUACGCACGCGAGCGAGCUCCCGCUCGCCGAGUUCUUCACCUCGGCAUCGAACGCGAGAACCGGUUUAGAGUACGCCACCGCCGCAAGCGCCGUCGUCGCCACCGCCGAGUACACUCGCAUAUUCCUUUCUCACCCAGGUUUUGACGUCGACGGGCGUUUGAAGACGAAAGCGCGCGAGAAGUGA